AUGGCGGCAGAGAUCAAUCGCAAAAUCUUUUUGGAUCAGGAGGAGUGGUGGAUCGAUUUCACCUAUGCAGGAACCUUCAACCGCAGUCACAUCGGAUCAGCAUCUAUCGUCAUCAUCUACAAAUCUGGUCGACAACAUAGCAAUUCGUCGAAGUUUUCUGGGCUGGUUGAAGUUCGAGUUCCCUUGCAUAUCAUCGCCUCUGUCGGCUAUAUUUUGGACGAUGGCCUUCAUAUCAUCUGUAUCAACAUCGGGUCCGAUCCGCGCAAUCGACAGAUACGCGACCUGGUCAUCCUUACCGCUGCCACUAAGAUCGUUGCCGAAGAAGUUUGUCGCGUGUUGAGUGGACGUUUUCAAAGCAAAUAUCGUGAAGCAGUUGUCAGUCUAACGGAAACUACCACAUCAUUGAAAAACUCGUUUCCUCAACCGCUAUCGCAGAACUCACAAGGGCGAAGGAAUGGCUCAGCGCCUCUUGAGAGCGCCGAGACGAAGACUUCACUUUAUUCGACCAGUGAUUCAAACAACGACGCAAUCAGUGACUAUUUGGCUCUGGCAUCAUCGAGCCUGACAGAGGCAGAAUUUCGUGAGUAUGCUGAGCUGUUGAAUCGGUCGAAGCAUGGUGAAUUGCCAUUAAAAGAACUUCUUCACAAGCUUAUGGAGUUAUUUGGUCCAUGGAGGAAGCACCUGUUGACCACUAGCUUGAAACUAAACUAUCUACAUUCCGUGAUAUUGGCG